AUGUUCCACGGUGUCCCUGGUCCAAUACAGCAUCAGAUGGCAAGGCUGCUCCAGGACAGGGGUACAGACACACACACACUCAGACUCACACUCACACGCACUAGAUGAGAGGACAUACUGUAUCACCCUCAUUAGGGAGUUUAACCUACCUGUGUUCUAUUGUAGAUUGGAUCGAUGGGAGGUUUCUUCCAGAGAACAGUCUGAGAAUGCAGACCGCUCACAGGUACAUGACUGAGGAGCUACAGAGCCUGGGAGUCCCCUACCUCCACCGGCCUGCUUGCUUCUACAUCUGGGCAGAACUCAGGAAGGUAAGGACACUGACCCAGGGUUGGGGUUAGAAGACUGGAUGGUGAGAAGCUGCUGUCUUGGUUCUUCCUGACAUGGUUCCUCCUCUCUCUCUCUCUCUCUCUCGCUCUCGCUCUCAAUUCAAUAGACUUUAUUGACAUGGCAGGUUCAAUUACUUACAUUGUCAAAGUACCCAUACAUCAACAAUGGUCGGACUAACAGUAAUAAAGCAAUAAUAAUACUAGUAGGUCUAGUAGUAGUGGUAAUGAUAUUAACAUCAACAGCAACUACAACAACAUCUCUCUCUCAUUUGUCCCUCUCCCCCUGUCUGUCAGUACCUGCGUGAGCCAUCGUUUGCGGAGGAGCUGUCCCUGUGGAGGUGUUUACUGAAACACAAGCCUUCCACUGCUCCACUCCUGGCUCGUUCUGCAUCGUCUUCACUGACCGACAGCAACACCUGA